AUGCUCUGCUCCGGACUCAGCAACGCGCUGUGUGUAACCCGAGCCAAACGCUUUGUCCCGUCCACUGCGACUGCCAUAUCCACCAACAGAGUGAUCACCUGCGACGGCCACCAGGUGCAGCACCUGUGCUGUGAGAGCGGCGUGAUCGUCGUGGAGUCAGUCGAGCUCACAAGUGGAGAUAAAGGACACUCCUCUCAGCACGACAAACUGAAGGUCAUCAAGAAGAGCUGUGACGGAAAGAAAACCUGUGACAUAGACAUCCAAAUCUUUGGUACUCCUGUUCCCGGCGCCUGCAAAUACCUGGACACCCUCUUCGCCUGCUUCCCAGCAGUCCACAGCACAGCGUGUGAAGGAUACGACGCACCGCUUCGGUGUGAUAAAGGAGAGGUUAUAGUCGUUUACUGGGCUGACUACGGGCGCCGCGAUACGACCACAUGCUCUCAGCAUCGUCCAACCCACGAGAUCCAUAACGCCCGUUGCCCCAAUCCCACCACUAAAGUCGCUGACAGCUGUAACGGGAAGAGCAGCUGCAUUAUCAAAGCGAGCAACUCAGUGUUUGGAGACCCGUGUCCAGGCACCUACAAGUACCUGGAGGUGGCCUACGACUGUGAGCGUAAGUACCUCAAAGAGCCCUGUGACGGGAAAAGGAGCUGCGUUAUCGAAGCGAGCAGCGCGGAGUUCAGAGACCCGUGUCCAGGCACCUACAAGUACCUGGAGGUGGCCUACGACUGUCCGUAUAAAGGGCACGUUAUAGCCGUCCUGUCGGCCGAAUACGGCCGCCGUGACUCGACCACGUGCUCUUACAAACGUCAUCCGAAUCAGCUCAAAAACACCCAGUGCUCAAUUCCCACGGGCAAAGUAGCCGAGAGCUGUAACGGCCGAAACAGCUGUUCCAUCAAAGUAAGGAACUCUAUAUUUGGAGACCCGUGUCCUGGCACCUACAAGUACCUGGAGGUGGUCUACACCUGCGAGAGUAAGUGCCUCAAAGACCCUUUGAAAGACUCCUGA